GGUACAGGCCGAAUUUGUGGUGAAAUCGGACAAAGUUUGAGACAGCGUUUAGGUGGAGGAUUACAACAAGCUCGACAUGAAAACGUAUUGGGUCUUUUAAGUUUUUGGGUAAAGCGGCGUCCGGGUACAGCUAUUCAAAUGAAAAAA